AGCUUUGUUUCAGCUCGAGCUUGCGCUUGCCAAUUCUGCGGCGUCGGAAACUGUUUGCAGACUGCUGCCAUGGGUCGGCUGGGGCUUCUUUUUGAGCUACGCCAUGCUGAGACGAGGCAAGGCGAAAUGAUUUCGGUGGUUGGGGCCUGUGGCGAGCUUGGAGCAUGGGAUUGCUACACUUCCGGCUUGCAACUGCGCACUGGAUCGUCAUGCUAUCCUGCUUGGGCCAUGCUUGCACCAGUUUGGGUCUCGCCAGGGACAAGCGAUUCUUCUGCAUCACUCGAACGGCAGGAUUUGGACACUCCGAGCCCACGAAUUGUGCGGGAUGCUUCGGUGAUACCCGAGGAGCCAGAAGUAGUCUCAAGUGGAGACAGUGUAGAAAUGGAAGCCUCUGCUUCCCACUUCAUACACGUCGAGUACAAGUACGUGAAGGAUCGCCGCCAACUCAAAGAUUGCGGGCCAUCCAUCCAAUGGGAGGAUAGCAUCGCAAAUCGAUCAGUGACCUUGCCCUAUGAGCCUGGUAGCAUUUGGAUUGUCUCCGACUCCAAGUUCAAUGACGCGAGAGAGCCACCCAAAAUUAUUCGAACAACACUGGUUGAGAUCCUGUCCCGCCGGGACAAAUUGGACAUGGAAUUCAGGGCAUCCUUGCAGGAUGCGCAUUCCCCUGAAUGGAGCGGCAGAGAGCAGGAAGAUGACGGGUCAAGUCUUCAUAGCGCAGGGACCAAUUGGAGUCAUCAUACAACGUCCACGGUGGGCUUUCUGACAUUUUCGUGAGCUGUUUGCCUCUGAAGGUGUUGCAAGAGUCCUUGGCACUACUGUAGCAGAGCACAUGAGACAAUGGCAAGGGCAUUUAUCCCAAAGGCAUUUAUCGCAAAGGCAUUUAUCGCAAGGGCAUCUAUGUACUGUGAGUGUUUCGAAAAUUGGUACAGUCCCACAGCCAGAAAAGUCUGGUUGCUGCUAUUCAACUUCAUCGCUUGACGUUGUUGGAAAGCACAAGCGGAUGAAUUCUUUGAUGGUGUUGCGAAGGGCGCUUUUCGCUGUUUGCGAGCGCAGGAUAGCCACAAGGGCAAGCGUCGAAUCCGCUUGUGUAUGUACUUCCAGGGGAGGCAGAGUCGACCUGAGCGCUGGGAUAAGCAGAGCAGACUGUGCCCGGAGGCAUAGUGUCCCUGCCAAACCAGCUUUCCUCUUGAGACUCGAGACUUUGGACCAUCAAUUAUCUUUCAGAUGGCCUUGCACUCGCUGCGAAUGCCAUGCUGGAAAUGAAACCGAU